AUGGUACGACUGAGAGAAAUCCCUCGCACGGCGGCUUUGGCCUGGUCAUCCGGGCCGGCCAAACCGCUCCUUGUCACUGGUACUCGUGCUGGAGCCGUCGACGAUAGCUUCUCGGACGAGGUCAAGCUGGAGCUGUGGGACUUGAACCUGGAUGAUCAAGCGCAGGGACUCGAGCUACAGCCCAUUGCUAGCAUCGCUGCAGAUUCAAAAUUCCACGACCUAGCUUGGGGACCACCAGACGACACGCACCCUCGAGGCAUCAUUGCUGGAGGACUUGAGAAUGGGUCAUUGCAUCUGUGGGAUGCCGAGAAGCUGAUUUCCGGAGCAUCAGAUGCCGAAAUAGCACAUACCUCGAAGCACAGCGGCGCGAUCAAGUCCCUCCAAUUCAACCCUCUGAAACCUCAAAUCAUAGCCACCGCGGGCGAUAAGGGUGAGCUAUGGAUUCACGACAUCAACGACAUAGAAAACCCGCUACGUCUGGGCAAUGCUGCGGCUCGGUCGGAUGAUAUCGAAUGUGUCGCGUGGAACAGGAAAGUGUCACACAUUCUGGCCACUGGAGGUUCUGGAGGCUUCGUCACCGUCUGGGACUUGAAAACCAAGAAGGCUUCUCUGACGCUAAACAACAACCGCAAGCGAGUGAGCGCCAUAGCGUGGGAUCCGCAGAAUUCCACCAAGCUCCUGACGGCGACUCCUGAUGACAGUGCGCCUGUCAUCCUCCUCUGGGAUCUGAGGAACUCCAAUGCACCAGAGCGGACGCUGCAAGGACACGAGCAGGGAGUCCUCUCUCUGUCAUGGUGUGAGCAAGACAGCGAUCUAUUGAUCUCCUCUGGCAAGGACAACCGGACCGUUGUUUGGAACCCUCAGACUGGUGAACGCUAUGGAGAGUUCCCAGAAGUCACGAACUGGACUUUCUUGACUCGAUUCAACCCUCAUAAUCCCUCGCUUUCGGCUACAGCCUCUUUCGACGGCAAAAUCGCCAUUCAAACACUUCAGAACACCAAUGCCUCAAAUGCACAGGCUGCUGCGCAAAACAACCUCGACGGCGAAGACUUUUUCACCAGCGCACAAACGCAGCCACAGGAGGCGUCGUUCUCCCUUCCCAAGGCUCCAGUAUGGAUGCAGAGGCCGAUCGGCGCUUCAUUUGGCUUUGGCGGCAAAGUCAUCGUUUUCAGGAAGAACACCAUCGCGAGUGGCCACCCUCGCUCUUCAAAAAUCUCGAUCUCUCAGUUUUCUGUGGACUCUGAAGUAACCGCUCAGGCCGAGAAGUUUGAAACUGCGGUCGACAGCGGGGAUCUCAAGCAAAUCUGUCAGUCGCACUUGGAGCAGGCCAAGACUGAUGAUGAGAAGGCCGACUGGCGUGUCAUGGAGACGCUCGUUGCGGAGGAUCCGCGCCAGCAAGUCAUUGACCACCUCGGCUUUUCGAAGGACGAACAGAUAGCCAAUGGUGACGAACAGAAGGAGGCCCCAGAGGAGGAUGAAACAGAAGCACCGAAGGAGAAUGGCAUCAAAAAGGCUGCGCACAAAAGGAUGACUAGUAUCUUUGAUGGCACUGAUGGUGACGACUUCCUGUCGGGCUUGGCCGCCAACAAGGGCGCCAAGACGGAGGAUCCAUUCCAUCUCCUCAGUGAGGGCAAUACCGCCUUGGAGGACCAGAUCACCAAGGCUCUCAUGCUCGGCAAUUUCGCCAAAGCUGCGGACAUUUGCGUGAAGGAAGAUCGUAUGGCAGAUGCUUUCAUCAUCGCUAACUGUGGUGGCAAGGAGCUCGUGGAUAAAGUGCAGGCCGCUUACCUUUCCAACAGGAAGGGUAGCCCCAGCUAUCUCCGACUCCUGAGCUCGGUCAUUGCUGGCAACCUCUGGGAUGUUGUCUACAAUGCGGAUCUGGUUAAUUGGAAGGAGACAAUGGCUACGCUGUGUACCUUUGCACAGCCAAACGAGUUCCCUGACCUCUGUGAGGCACUCGGUGACCGUAUCCUGGAGCAAGGCUCGCGCAAAGACGCCUCAUUCUGCUAUCUAGUUGGCUCAAAACUAGAGAAGGUCGUCUCCAUCUGGAUUGAGGAGCUUGGAGAGGCUGAAGAAGCCGAGAUGAAGGAGCCUAGUGACGACUCGACAUUCUCAGUGCACGCCAGAUCUCUGCAGCAAUUCAUCGAGAAGGUCACAAUCUUCCGGCAAGUGACCAAGUUCCAGGACACCGAGACAGCCCUUUCAUCGGACUGGAAACUCUCGGCGUUGUACGACAAGUACGUUGAGUAUGCAGACAUUGUCGCCGCACAUGGCCUCUUGUCUGUGGCUCAGAAGUACCUCGAUCUUUUGCCAUCGAGCUAUUCUACCGCAGAGGUCGCCAGAAACCGUGUCAAGCUGGCGACUCAGAAGAGCACUGCCCCCGCCCAGACAACAGCUCGCCAACCCACGGCAGGUUCCCGGACAGUCUCCCGGGCCCAGCCCGCUCGAGCACAGCCUGUAGUUGGCUAUCAGCCGCCGCAGUCUGCCGCUCCGGCUGGUACGAACCCUUAUGCUCCACCUACACCGGUUCAAGUUCCAUCUGCCAACCCGUACGCACCGCCAGCGCCGGUCCAGACGCCAUCCGCGAACCCGUACGCUCCGCCUUCGACAAUACCUGCUGCAAAUCCCUAUGCGCCGCCCGGAACCGCACCUGCAGCCAACCCGUAUGCCCCGUCUCCCGCUACGACCUUUGGUCAACCUCAACAAGGCUACGGGCAGUUUGGGCAGACACCGAUAGCACCACCACCAAUGGCUGGCCCACCAAGAGCGGGAACGCCAGGUUCCAACCCGCCCCUGCUUCGCGCGAAGGACGUGGGUGACUGGAAUGAUGUGCCGAUGGUAACAAAGGUGCCACCUCGGAAGUCCACACCGCGAACGGCACCCAUCACAUCACCUUUCCCUGGCCAGCAGGGCUCUGGAGUGCCACCGCCGCCUCAAAGCCCUUACGGGGCUCCGCCUCGUGCCACGCCUACUCCUCCUCCCCCGCCACCAAAGGCAGGCCAGGCUGGCCCACCCCGCGUCACGUCGCCCUUGACAGGACCCCCUCAGGCGCGACCAAUGCCCACAGCCUCGAACGCGUAUGCCCCCCCACCAGGCGUAGCCGCGCCCCGGACUGCAUCUCCGUACGGCGCGCCACCAGCUGGACCGCCGCAGUCGAGCCGUUAUGCUCCGUCCCCGGCUGCUCAGCAGUUCGCUCAGCCGCCAGCUGCUUCAAUGCCUCCUCCUGCUGCCAGCCGGCCGCCACCAGCUAACCCCUAUGCGUCUCCACCGGCCGGGCCAGGACAGGUCGCGCCGUCCCCAUAUGCACCGGCUGCCACACCAACAGGUCAGCCGCCUAUGGCACCUCCGCCAUCCGUUGGUCCUCCGCCAACUGCUCAGUCAACAGCGACUCCCCCGCCGCCAAGGUCCGCGGCUUCACCAGCUGCUGCUCCUCCGAAGGCCAGGCAUCCUCCCGGAGACCGGUCGCACAUCCCAGCCAGCGCCCAGAACAUGGUCGAUGUUCUCAGCCGUGACAUGCAAAGGGUCGCAUCGAAAGCGCCGCAGAACUUCGCCCCUCAAGUAAAGGACACCCAGAAGCGGCUGAACCUUCUGUUCGACCAUCUGAACAACGAGGAGCUCGUCAAGCCGGACACAAUCGCACAGCUCGCGCAGCUGGCCAACGCACUCGAGUCCAGGAACUAUGGCGAAGCUCAUCAAAUCCAGGUGAACAUUCACGAGAACAAAACGGAGGAGUGUGGUAAUUGGAUGGUUGGAGUCAAGAGGUUGAUCAGUAUGAGCAAGGCCACUCCAUGA